AUGAAUACUUGGAAUGAUAAAAAAGACUCGCUGGGUCCGAAUAACGGCAACAAGUAUGAGCUUAGAUCACAAAGUGAUAAUAUUUGUAAGUUGCUAAAGAAGUGCUGCCGAAAUUCUUUGGCGAAGAAGGUGGAUGAUUCUAAUGACACUGACUCGGAUGAUAUCGACUCUGAUGUGUCCGAAAAUGAUGACGAUGAUGGAAACAGUUCUGAUGAGGAUUAUUGUGAAGAAGAAGAAGAUAAAGAAGAUGAAGGCUUUUAUGAAAUAGUGUAUGUAGACGAAGAAGAUAGUGAAGGCGAUGAUGGGGAUGACACUGAUGAUACUGAAAACGACGAAUAUGAUUAUGAAUCAAGUGAAGAUACUGAGUCUGAAGAAGAAGAUAAUGAGAAGCAAGUUUCUUCUCCGGAAGGGAACGAAACACAAGAGUACUCCAUGUACCAUAGAAUUUCCUUUGACCUUCGUGACUCCAGUGGCAUGCUUUUGCCGUACUCGCUGGGUCCGAAUAACGGCAACAAGUAUGAGCUUAGAUCACAAAGUGAUAAUAUUUGUAAGUUGCUAAAGAAGUGCUGCCGAAAUUCUUUGGCGAAGAAGGUGGAUGAUUCUAAUGACACUGACUCGGAUGAUAUCGACUCUGAUGUGUCCGAAAAUGAUGACGAUGAUGGAAACAGUUCUGAUGAGGAUUAUUGUGAAGAAGAAGAAGAUAAAGAAGAUGAAGGCUUUUAUGAAAUAGUGUAUGUAGACGAAGAAGAUAGUGAAGGCGAUGAUGGGGAUGACACUGAUGAUACUGAAAACGACGAAUAUGAUUAUGAAUCAAGUGAAGAUACUGAGUCUGAAGAAGAAGAUAAUGAGAAGCAAGUUUCUUCUCCGGAAGGGAACGAAACACAAGAGUACUCCAUGUACCAUAGAAUUUCCUUUGACCUUCGUGACUCCAGUGGCAUGCUUUUGCCGUGUGAGUUAACCGAAAAAGCGGCUGACGAUUUCUACAAGACUUACAAAGAUUCCAUAGGUGAAAGCCUCAUCUGUGUUGUUCUAUAG